AUGAUUCCACCACCUGAACAUCAAGAACGACUUCACUAUUUUCCUCGAGCGGAUUCGAUACCCUUAUCAACAACAGCAUCAACAACAGGAACGUCAUCAAUGUCAACACAUCUGAAUGAUGCAGUAGAAUUCAUUGAAAAAUUAUAUGAAAAAAUCAAUAAUACAAUACCAAUCACAUAUAUCUAUCUGGCCUUAUUAUUCAUGGGUUUAUUGUAUUUUAUACUUGAAUUUUGCUGUUGGAAAAAAGAAAAUGGAAAAGAAUUUUCAAUAUUCGAAAUUAAUCCUCUUCAUCAGACUGAGCCAAACGAAAAUUCAAACAGUAACCGUCAGUUAUUUUCAACCAAAGUCUAUCCAAAGAAAACAAUUGUAGUUCAAGUUUAA